AUGAAGCGCCACGUGCCACCACAGCAGCAGCAGUGGUUAGAGCCACUGGCAGCGCUGGCGCGGGGGCUGAGGCAGAGCGGGCAGGCUGGCCCGCGGCGGCACAGGCGCCGCGGGAUGGCUCAGCAGGCUGCCAGGAGCCUGGCGGUGCCCCAGCCCAGCAGCGCUGGCCGGGAGGAGAGCCUGCCCUUCGUGCUGGACCUGCAGAGCUUGCCAGGGCUGGCCAACGUGGACCUGAGCGCCCAGAACCCCAACAUCCAGGUGACCAUCGAAGUGGUGGAUGAUCCUCAGGCCGAGAUGGAGAUGGACUUGUUGAAGGAGACAAGCAAUGACUGGUCCCUGACAUCCUCUGAGUGGUUGUCCCACAAGGACCUCUUCUGGCCCCUCUUCUGGGAAUACACCGACCCCUCUGAGGAGGAGGAGGAGGAGGAGGAGGAGGAGGAAGAGGAUGACAACCUGGAUGUGGGGGACAGGGAGGAGGAAGAGGAAGAGGAGGAGGAAGAUUACACAGCAGAGUAUGAGGAGGAGGAGUCCAUGCUUAGUGGAGUGGGAGGUGACUGGGACCAGCGGUGGCCUGGGCAGAAGAACUGGAUCUUUAAGGAAAAAUAUAAUUAUGACUAUGAAGAUGAGGAGGAGUGGAGCCCGUGGUCCCCUUGCAGCAUCACCUGUGGCAGCGGCAACCAGAAGAGGACCCGGUCCUGUGGCUACGCCUGCACAGCGACAGAGUCAAGGACCUGCGACCUGCCACGCUGCCCUGGAGCAGAGGGGGAAAUGGUCUUCCCCACAGAGGAGAUGCCUUUCAAAAGCGACAACACCACAGAGCUGUUCAACUCAGAGGUGGACAGCUGUGAGAAGUGGCUGAACUGCAAGAGCGACUUCCUCACCAAGUACCUGAGCAAGGUGCUGACGGACCUGCCCAGCUGCCCCUGCUCCUACCCGCUGGAGGCCGUCUACAGUGCCGUCAACCUGCCACUGUUGGACCAAAAAACAUCUGUCUGGGUGCAGAGGUCCUUGGUUGACUGUCCUGUGCUAGGUCUGUCCUUCUUGCAGGAGCUUUCUCCAGGGCCAGUGAAUAUCCACGGACUGAUAGCUCUUUGGAGAGUCUUUCUGGGAGCGUCUUAUAUACGUUGA